AUGAGGAAUACUGACUUCCGUAUCUGCGACUUAUACUUUUUGUGUCCAGGUAAAUGGUUAAUGAGACAGCAGUGGGGUGUUCGGCGUCGAACCGGUGUCCCUGCGGCUGACAGGUGGCGGACACGCGCCGCUGCACCCCCCGUGCCGUACCGGGGGCCAGACUGCGCCGCAACUCACGACUGGACAAUUCUGUCAACGAAUUCUAUGAAUAUCGCCGAUGCUAUGUUCUGCGAUUAA